GCAAGCGGCACUAGAGGUGGGUAGCUGGGGCAACUAGACGUUCCGUGCACGCUGAAGAUCUACGUCGCGUGUUGUCGCAGACAGUCGAAGAGCUCCCGUCCGUCCCUGUUCAUAAUACGGCACAGACAAUAUCGGCGUGGUCCCUCGCUUGGACCUAACAUUCCACCAUCAACGGCCACGGCCACGGCCACGACCACGACCCAUACGUUCGCUCGCUCGCUCAUCAGCCAUGGAUCAGCAAGCGGCGACUCUGCUGAGUACGCUCAAGCGACCCUCGGCGCAGACUGACGUUAAGGUCAACCAGCUGAACGCGCUCAAAUCCGACAUCAAGCACUACAGAGUGCCCGAGACUGCACAGUCGACUAUUUUUGACUGCAUCAAACUCGCCAUCUCCCAGCAGGCCUCGUCCACCCUUCUGAGCACCGCGCUAUCCACUCUGGGACAUCUCAUCAAGCGUUUGAAGAUCCAGGACAAUAGCGGCCAUGCCAUCUCACAUCUUGCGCCCCGGUUGUUCAGCGCGCUCCAGGAAAGGAUGGGCGACCUGCGCGAGCCGGUACGCGCGGCGACCUCACAAGCAAUGACAGAUCUGUACCCCUUCUGUCCUGGCGAGGUCGAGGAGAUGAUUCGUGAUGGAGCAAUAGGCGGCUCGAGUGUGCGUGCAAAGGAAACGGGCAUGAGAUGGGUGGCUCGAAUGCACAAAGAAGAGGGAAUGCCGUUCAAAAGCUACACGCAGAGCAUCGUGGCGAGAUUGGAGGACGCCGAUGGGAAUGUUCGAGAGGCUGCCAAGGAGGUCGUGCUCGAAUUGUUCAGCAAUGCGCCGAAUGGUGCCAAAUUGGAUCUGAAGAAACAGCUCAAAGCAUACUCGGUGCGCCUCACCAUCUCGACGCAGAUCUUGGCUGGAAUUGGAGCCGAAGGCGUGGCAUCUCGACCGCAGACAGCAGGUCAUGCAGAACGCGGGGCGACGCCGGAUAUGGCCGCUUCAACUCGAUCGCUUCCCGCGCACAAAGACCUGGACGAGAUUUUGAAGAGCGAGGCUGCGCAGCCACCACCGCAGGAGACUGUGCAGAUGGAUCCCAUCUACAUCCAUUCGCAGAGGGAGCUGGAAGAUGUAUUUACGGACAUGCUGCCGCACUUCGAAGGCAAGGAGACUGAGCACAAUUGGUUGACGCGAGACAAAGCCGUACUGAAGCUGAGAAGGAUACUGAAGGGCAAUGCGCCGAGUGAAUAUCACCACGCGUUCAUGGCCGGCAUCAAGAGUGUCAUAGAAGGAAUAUUGAAAGUCGCAAAUACACUGCGCACAACUAUGGCAACAAACGGGUGCCAGUUGGUGCAGGAGCUUACAAAGACUUUGGGCCCUGCCAUGGAUCCUCAUGUUGAGAUCUUGCUUCAAUCAUUCAUCAAGAUGAGCGCGGCAACGAAACACAUCCAGUCGGAGAACGGCAGAGUGACGGCAAGCGAGAUCUUUCAGAAUUGCACGUAUCACAAUCAGAUGAUGCGACAUAUAUGGCUUGCGGAGCAGGACAAGAACGCACAGGUCAGAAUAUGCGCAAGCGGCUGGCUCACCAUCAUUUUGAAACGUCAGGCGAGCUACAGGAACAGCUUCGAGAGCUCCGGAGGGCUCGACCUCGCAGAGAAGUGCAUCAAGAAGGGCUUGGACGACUCGAAUCCAAAGGUCAAGGAAGGCACGCGAGCGACCUACUGGAUGUUUGCAAAGACGUGGCCAGGCAAGGCCGAGAAGAUCAUGGGAGCUCUGGACCCCAAAGCCAAGGCAGCACUUGAAAAAGACCCUAACAAUCCUCAUGCGGUUCUAUACCAGUCUGUGAGCGCAGCCCCGGCGACAUUGAGGUCUGCAGUCAGUAGAACAUCACUCAAGGAACAUAUGGAACAGCAGCGGAAAGCAAAACUUGGUGGCAAGCUCCCGUCGCGACCGAACUCCGCCAUGGCAGAUCUGUCGCCUAUGAAGAAUCGAGCCACUCCGAACGGAUCGGUUCGUGGACCCUCAAAGAUGUCGCAAGUCACGAAUAGACAAGUGUCGGCGCAGUCAAACGCUUCAGCGGCAGAUGCUUCUGGCACCGCUACUGCCAGCAAGAAGGGUAAUUCCCUAAUGUCUGGACCAGUUCGACGACCACGACGACCGGAGAUUCCCCGACCGCAGACCGCGGAUCCGUACGCAUCAAGACGCAUGCUGAGACCCACUACGCCUGCAAACGUUAGUCCAAUGGGCAGUCCAGAAAAGAGCACCGGAGCGUCAAAGGCAUCUACUGCUGCGUCCAGCGUUAUUAGGAAUAGGGCAAAGACAGCAGAUCUUGCCAAUGGUAGUCCAAAAGUAAGCUCAGCCAGACACAGUCCUGUCGUAUCUAGAAAACAAAUGCAGGCAGCAAUCGACUCGAGGCCUAGCAGCAAAGGCAGCGAUACCAUGCGCGGUGUACGCGAGGACGACCUCACCAUGGUCCUGCCUAGGACUCUUGCAGACAGAGGACAGUUUUCACCUGGUCACAAGCGAUCAGGCCUGGGAGAAACGAGAUCAGUGGAUAGCGGCAUACCUUAUCUUGCUGACGAAGACAACUUCACCAUGGUGAUGCCAAGUCUGCCGAAUCAGCCACGAGCGCCAUCGCCUUUAGCCUACAAGGGUCCCAUCAAAGCCAUGUUUGACGAAGCGCGGAACAUGGGCAGUCUUUCGCAUGAGGCACAGCGGACUAUAAACGGAUCUGAAAAUGGCUCAGAGGACAACAAUGAGUUACAGCAAGGGGGACCUGUUCGGCCUGCCGAUGAGGUGCAGAUAUACGAAGAUCCAUUUGUCGAGGAUGCGACGUCGGCCGGUGCACAAGAAGAUCGGAAGGUACUCGGCGAGCUGCCUCUGAACGAGAACGUACGAGCGGAAAGUCCCCCGCCAAGUGUGGGCUCGAGCAACAGUCCUCGUAGCCCAUCUCAAGUCACUGGCGCACGACCACCACCACUAAGCUCUUCAUCUCAAGAUCGUGCCGAAAUCACGAGAAAUCGCCGACUACUUGCUUCAGGUAUUGAGCGCAUCAGAACCAAGACGCUCGAUGCGCAUGGCUUUCGUCGCGUCCAAGAUCUUGCGAGAUUCAGAGGUGACAUCUGGGACGGCGGUAGAAAGUACGACGAAUUAAUGGCGGUCUUGCUCGAAUACUUGCAAACCAUGGAUCACGACUCGAAGCUUUCCCAGCAGCCAUCGAAGCUUGCCGGACUCAAGACACAGGCCUUAGGUGUCCUACGUGCCCUGGUGGCGUUGUACCACAAAGAAGCUACUGCCUGGUAUGCCAAAGCUCUCGUCACAGUCCUCUUGACUAGAAAAGCUGCAGAUGCAAACAGUCAUGUUGUAUCUGACAUGCAACGUACUGCGGACGAGAUCACCAAAGAAGCUAAGCCGGAGACCUGCAUUGAUGCUAUUUUGGAUUUCUUGCCAGAACAUAGCGCAGAAUCGCCGCGAAUGCUCACCAUGGCGCUAUCUAUGCUUCGACAACUGGUGGUCAAGACCAGGUCUGAUGUUGGAGUUGACCUUGGCGCACAGCGCAAAGCUCGCUUGGCGCAGACAACGGCUCGCUACCUCAACGACGCCGAUUCGGAAGUUCGCAAGGUCGACAUCGACCUCGCUAGCGACCUCUUUGAUGUCUUCGAGCCAAGCAAGACUGAUUUUUGGCAAGAGUUCAAGGAUGUUGAUGAGGGACGCUUAGGGCUGCUGACCUAUUACAUUGCGAAGAAGGGAAACAGGCAAGGCGGAGUAGCGUAGUAAAACGCUGCGGAAGAGCAAACGUUGUGGCCCGCCUCUCUGGUGUUGGGAGAGGAUAUAUUUUGUUUGUCUUGACUGAUCCACUAAGCGAAGGCGUUGGUGGGAAGCCAGGUGCUGAUUUUUGACUGACUAAUGAGAUGAAGAUCAUGAGACCCCAACUCUACGUGUUGUUAGGAGGUAUAUGUAGAAGUUGAAGUAGCGGAGGCUGAAGACACUCCAUGCCUUCGCCUGCAGGUGCCCGGUUAUACAAUAGUCAUA